UUUGUUGGCCGAACUCGUUUCCCUGGCCUCUUCUUCAUGGGCGCGACCUCAUUUACUCCCAAAGAGAGGGCAAGGACACACGCACCCCAGGUUUUCUUCCCAGGGAAGAGCAGUGGUGGGUGAGGGCUCGUCCCACCCUUGCCCCUCGCGCCUCUGGAAGCCGCCCCUUUGCCAGAUCCAUCCUCUCGGUAACCUCCAGACCCUCCCACUUGUCCCGCUGUCUGUGCGAGCUCUCCAUGCCAAGAAAUGUGUGUAAUAGGAUAGGACACUCAUGUCAGGUUGGAGAUGACCUCGACUCCCACCUUCUUUUCUCCCUUAGUUGGAGUAGAGUACCCCCACCUCCCAGUAUAGCACAGGGCUAGCUGGGAAGCAGCCUUUGUACCUCCCUUCCCACCCCAGAAGGAGCCUAGAAUAAGCUACUCCUUGAGUUUAAAUUCCAGCUCACCCAGUCACCAGCUCUGUGACCUUAGGCAAGUGACUCAACCUCUCUGAACCUCUGCUGCCCCCAUCUGUUCCAUGGAGACAAUUUAGUACUAGCUUAUGGGUGGCUGUGAGGGCAAGGGUAGCAGGUGGCUCCAUAUAGGAUCCCCGGGGAGCAGAGAAUUUGUUGCCACCACAAGGGUGUGUCUAGAAGCAGGGGUGCAUGAGAGGUGUUAGGGGCCUGGGAGUGGGGAGGUGCUUAGUUUGGUGGCUGCUUUCAGUGCCCUGUCUCGGCAGGCCAAGGCAUGGCUGGAAGGACACCAGAUGCUCUGAGCUGGUAUCAAAUCCUGGGUUACUGCUGGGCAAAGGCAGAUGAGAACCAAACACCUGGACUGGGCAGCUGAAUGUCAAGAUGUGGGCAGGGAGAGGGGCUGCCCCUGCAUUGAACUGUGCACAAGACUGGGAUGGGGACUGCUGGGAACAGAGAGCAGAGGUGUCACUGGGGGAGAGGGCAGAAAUAAAUACUUCUCUGAGCCUAAGGCAGAUUUACUAAGGAAGGGAGAUCCUCUAUUCUCUCCACCCCAGCCACCCAUCUGGGUUGAAACUGCAUCUGCUCUUUAUUGCCAGGAAUCUUGCCUGUGGGGAUAGGGGCUGGAGCACAGGAUAUGCCGAGGAGGAGCUCAUGGACCAGGCCUGCUGCCUGAGCCGGAGCUAGGACCAGCUUCAAGGGACUACCCAGGCCCGCUCUGCUCCGACCCUUCUGCUGGCAAGUCUGGGCAUCUGCAAGCCUCAGAGGAAGGGAGCUGUCGGCCAGGCAAAACCAAGAACGCCGUCACCAUGACAACCAGUCACCAGCCUCAUGACAGGUAUAAAGCCGUCUGGCUUAUCUUCUUCAUGCUGGGUCUGGGGACGCUGCUCCCCUGGAACUUUUUCAUGACAGCCACUCAGUAUUUCACAAACCGUCUGGACACGUCCCAGAAUGUGUCCUUGGUUGCUGCUGAACCGAGCAAGGACGUCCAGGCCUCGGCCAUCCCCUCAGCAGCCUCUCCAGAGCGGAAUUCUCUCAGUGCCAUCUUCAACAAUGUCAUGACCUUAUGUGCCAUGCUGCCCCUGCUGCUCUUCACCUGCCUCAACUCCUUCCUGCAUCAGAGGAUCCCCCAGGCUGUUCGGAUCCUGGGCAGUCUGGUGGCCAUCCUGCUGGUGUUCCUGAUCACUGCCAUCCUGGUGAAGGUGCACCUGGAUGCUCUGUCCUUCUUCGUCAUCACCAUGAUCAAGAUCAUGCUCAUUAAUUCGUUCGGUGCCAUCCUGCAGGGCAGCCUCUUUGGUCUGGCCGGCCUCCUGCCAGCCAGCUACACUGCUCCCAUCAUGAGUGGCCAGGGCCUGGCAGGCCUCUUCGCCUCAGUGGCCAUGAUCUGUGCCAUUGCCAGUGGUUCGGAGCUGUCAGCGAGUGCCUUCGGCUAUUUUAUCACAGCCUGUGUGGUUAUCAUUUUGACCAUCGUCUGUUACCUGGGCCUGCCCCGAUUGGAAUUCUACCGCUUCUAUCAGCAGCUCAAGCUCGAAGGGCCUGGGGAGCAGGAGACCAAGUUGGACCUCAUUAGUAAAGGAGAGGAGCCAAGAGCAGGCAAAGUGGAGUCCGAAGUUCCAGCCCCCAACUCUAAGCCCACCAACAAAAGCCACUCUAUCCGAGCCAUCCUCAAAAACAUCUUAGUCCCGGCUCUCUCUGUCUGCUUCGUCUUCACGAUCACCAUUGGAAUGUUUCCCGCCGUGGCCGCAGAGGUCAAGUCCAGCAUUGCGGGCACCAGUGCCUGGGGACACUACUUCAUUCCCGUGUCCUGUUUCUUGAUUUUCAAUAUCUUCGACUGGCUGGGCCGGAGCCUCACAGCCGUGACCAUGUGGCCUGGGAAGGACAGCCGCUGGCUGCCAACCCUGGUGCUGGCCCGGCUGGUGUUCGUGCCCCUGCUGCUGCUGUGCAACGUCCAGCCGCGCCGCUACCUGACGGUGGUCUUUGAGCACGACGCCUGGUACAUCUUCUUCAUGGCGGCCUUCGCCUUCUCCAACGGCUACCUUGCCAGUCUCUGCAUGUGCUUCGGGCCCAAGAAAGUGAAGCCAGCUGAGGCAGAGACAGCUGGAGCCAUCAUGGCCUUCUUUCUGUCUCUGGGCCUGUCGCUGGGGGCUGUCUUCUCCUUCCUGUUCCGUGCAAUUGUGUGACCGUGGAUGGACAGAAGGACUGCACUGGCUGCAUGCUUCUGCCCCCUUCCUUCUCCUUCAGGGAUGGGCAGGGGUGGUCUGGAGGUUUUCUCUUCUAGCCAACUUGUGCUUUUCUCACGGCCUGUGCUGGGCCCAGGUAUCUGGGCCCUGAGGAGGGAGCCUCUGUGGAUGGACAGUGAGGACACUGUGGGCCUGAGGGUCAGAGUUGAGGCAGGGGACGCAGUCUGCAUCUGCUCAAGUCCCCCCACACUUGAGGGCUGUGACUGAGCCCUGCUUGAGCAGGGCAGCAGAGGCUCCUAGGCUGAAUGUGAGAGAGAGAGAGAGAGAGAGAGAGAGAGGGAGAGAGAGUGUGUGUGUGUAUCUCUCUGUGUGUAUGUCUGUCUGUGUCUGUCUGUUCAUCUGCCUGUUGCAGGGGUGGCUAGGGGCCAGGACUGUCUGUUCUGAAGUCCUGUCUGAUAUUUCCACCCCUCUUCUCCUGGGUGCCUCCUCCCCCCACCUCUCCAUGUCCCUCCCCUGCUCCCUACGCCUUGUUCCUACCCGUCAUGCGCCCUGUGCAGUUGCUGUUUUACUGCCUUUUUUAUACUCAACAGAAACCAGGUGCCUUCAGAGGCUCUCUGUUUAAAUAAACAAUUUUUUUUUCCUCCAUGGA